CUCCUCCUCCUUCAUCCUUCAUCCUCCUCCUUCAUCCUCCUCCUCCUCCUCCUCCGCAGGAGCCCUUGUUCCGUCCUCUCGUCGGCAUUUGACGCCGCAUCCAGCGCAGCAUGAUGAAGAUGAUGGGGAGCAGAGAGCGCAGAGGCGGGAAUCUGAGGCGUUUGCUGAGGAAGAACUGGCUGCUCAUCGCCACGGUGGUGUCGGUGCUGCUCGGAAUCGGUUUGGGCGUCGUGGUCAGAGAGUUUGCACCGCUUUCCCACCUGGAUAAGCAAUACUUUGGCUUCCCUGGAGAGCUCCUGAUGCGGAUGCUGAAGAUGGUUAUACUUCCACUCAUCAUCUCAAGCAUGAUAACAGGUGUUGCAGCUUUGGACUCAGAAGUUUCUGGAAAAAUUGGUCUCCGGGCUGUUACCUAUUAUUUGUCUACUACGAUCAUUGCUGUUAUUCUUGGGAUCAUUUUGGUGAUGACCAUCAAACCCGGAGUUUCUCAAGAACCUGAGGAAAUUGACAGAAGUGGAACCACUCCCAAUGUCACAACAGCUGACACACUCUUGGACCUCCUCAGAAACAUGUUCCCAGAAAACCUGGUGCAGGCGUGUUUCCAGCAGUAUAAAACCAAGCGACAGGAAAUCGAACCUGUGAAAGGUCCAGAUAACAUGACCACAGCUGCACCUCUGACAACCACCAUCAUGGCUGUAGUAAAGAACAUCACCAAGGAGUACCAGAUAACUGGGUCGUACUCGGACGGCAUCAACGUGUUGGGCUUGAUCGUCUUCUGUGUUGCUUUCGGCCUGGUCAUCGGAAAGAUGGGAGAAAAAGGUCGAAUCCUUCUGGAAUUCUUUGAUGCUCUGAAUGAAGCCACCAUGAAGUUGGUCCAGAUCAUCAUGUGCUACAUGCCGGUGGGGAUCCUGUUCCUAAUUGCUGCAAAGAUCAUCGAGGUGGAGGAUUGGGAGAUCUUUAAAAAGAUGGGUCUUUACAUGGUGACUGUGCUGAGUGGUCUACUUAUCCACGCAACAGUCUGCCUUCCUCUCAUCUACUUCAUCAUCGUGAGGAAGAAUCCGUACACCUUUACCCUGGGAAUGGCUCAGGCUAUGGUGACGGCUCUGAUGAUCUCCUCCAGCUCGGCCACGCUGCCCAUCACCUUCCGAUGUGCCGAGGAAAACAACCGCAUCGACAAGAGGAUCACCCGCUUCGUCCUGCCCGUCGGCGCCACCAUCAACAUGGACGGCACGGCGCUCUAUGAGGCGGUGGCGGCCAUCUUCAUCGCUCAGAUCAAUAACUACAGUCUGGACGUGGGGCACAUUGUUACCAUAAGCAUAACAGCAACAGUUGCCAGUAUCGGAGCAGCAGGAGUCCCUAACGCUGGGCUGGUCACCAUGGUGAUAGUUUUAACAGCUGUCGGAUUACCUGCCGGCGACGUCACUCUGAUCGUGGCUGUAGACUGGCUGCUGGAUCGCUUCAGGACGAUGGUCAACGUUCUUGGAGAUGCUUACGGAGCCGGUAUUGUUCAGAAACUGUCCAAGCUGGAACUGGAGAGGAUGGAUCUGAUAUCAGAUGUGGAUGUUGCCAACCCUUUUGCCAUGGAAGCAACUCUGGAUGAUGAAGAGUGUGAGAAGAAAUCCUACGUCAACGGAGGCUUCACUGUUGACAAGACAGACGCCAUCUCCUUUACAGAGACCUCCCAGUUUUAGCUUCUGCCCUGUUCUGAGGGCAGCAUAAAGUGCCACACGGCGCCCGCUGCACCAUGGAGAAUCCUUCAUCCUGUGUGUCAGCACCAGAACCAGCCUGGAGAUCUGCUCAACCGAGCCCAGACGUCAGCAACUGUAGCGUUGAUUCACCUUAGUCCACAUUGCUGCUCCCCAUUUUUGAUAUUGAUAUAACCACUAGAUUCAAGUGCUUCCUUAUCACUGUUGACAUGUGCCAAGGUGAAGAAAGUUCUGUUUUUUUAGAAAGACUGAGUUGUUUUUCAGAGAUACACUAACAGGAUUGGUUGUGUGUGUGCAUUUAAGGGAAAGCCAGUUGAUCCGCUCUUUAGGGUUUCAGCUGUGGUGAGUUUGACUUCACAUACUGUAGUCUAUCCAAUAAACCCUAACCCUACUGUUUAAAUUAGGAUGUACUGUGAUACAUAAUAUAUAUAUAUAGUAAUAAACUGUUCUCCACAGCACUGAAUUAAAUGGCCUUCUGUCCACGCCACAGCCCACAUUUCUAUGUGUUUUGUAUCAUUCUGGUUUUCCUGCGGUGCGUGUAGGAUGGAGACAAUGUUUACCAGGUUGUCUGAAGAACUUUGAACGCUCUUCUUUAGUGAUUGGCUGCUUUUUUGCUCAUUUUCAGGCCAACUCCAACCUAAAGUCCAUGUCCCACAGCCACUACGUAUGUUUAGUGCAUAUUACACGGAUGUAAACUGGUCAUACGUGAAUCCACGUGGAAAAA